UCCUGGAGAAUGUCCCAUGUGUACUUCAAAAGAAUGAGUAUUCUGCCCCCAGAAGAGUCCAUGGCUUUUCACUGAAAUGAAGUUCCAGGGCAGGAAGGGAAGGGAACUUGGGGGCACUGACGGGGAGAGAAAGGACUCCUAUACACCCUUGUAGCCACACGUGACAGGGAACAAGGGUGCUGUGGGGGGUCCACACCUGUGUGCACAGCCAAGCACUGUGCUUAGAGGCCAGAAGGUGGGAGUCCUAGGCUGGCUAGUGGAAGGUGGAAAAGGCUGUGGAGGCCACAGAGGCUUGCAGACUGGGGCCAUGGUGGGGUCAGGCCCAGCUCCAAGCACAGUGCACCCUCGGCCAUCACCUGGGGGCACACAGCCCAGGACUGACUGGGAUCAGCUUUGGGCCUGGCUGGCUGGGGCAUGCUCCCCAUCCCAGGAUUUAUUUUUCUUUCCCCAAACCCUGAAUGGAGCUUCCAGUCCGCUCCUUUGGGUUGUGGGUGAGGAAGGUGGCCCCUUCCUGUGGAGCAAAUUCCUGGGGACAAGGAAGCAGAGGCCGCACCGGUGCCCCGCCCCAAGCCUCUGUGUCUCUGGCUCACACACACCCCAUCCCAGGCUUUUAAAACCCCCACGCCCUCUUCUCCGGUUAGACAGAGGCUUGGAAUCAGCACCAUGCAGCUGAAUUUCAGCGGCCUGCGGGCCCUGGUGACAGGAGCAGGGAAAGGCAUUGGGAGGGACACGGUGAAGGCCCUACAUGCCUCGGGAGCCAGAGUGGUGGCUGUGAGCCGCACCAAUGCAGACCUGGUCAGCCUUUCCAAGGAGGUGAGGUGUGCAACCCCACUGCAGCCUGGGCCUGCCCCCACACCCUCUGGGGGCCUCAGAACCUGCCAGGGUCCAUCACCUUGGUCACUGCUCAAUGCCUCCCCACAGUGCCCUGGUGUAGAGCCUGUGUGCGUGGACCUGGGUGACUGGGAGGCCACGGAGCGGGCACUGGGCAGCGUGGGCCCUGUGGACCUGCUGGUGAACAAUGCUGCCGUGGCGCUGCUGCAGCCCUUCCUGGAGACCACCAAGGAGGUCUUUGAUAGGUCCUUCAGUGUGAACCUGCGCUCAGUGUUCCAGGUGUCCCAGAUGGUGGCCCGUGGCAUGAUCAGCCGCGGAGCGCCUGGCUCCAUCGUCAACGUCUCCAGUUUGGUGGCUCACGUCUCCUUUCCCAACUUAGCUGCCUACAGCUCCACCAAGGGGGCAAUGACCGCGCUAACCAAAGCCAUGGCCCUGGAGCUGGGGCCUCACAAGAUCCGAGUGAACUCCGUGAACCCCACGGUGGUGCUGACGGCCAUGGGGCAGCAAGUCUGUUCGGAUCCUGAGGUGGUGCGGAAGCUAAAGGAGCGCCAUCCCCUGCGGAAGUUUGCGGAGGUGGAAGACGUGGUCAACAGCAUCCUCUUCCUGCUCAGCGACUACAGCGCCUCGACCAGCGGCUCGGGCAUCCUCGUGGACGCCGGGUACCUGGCCUCCUAGAGCGCCCGGGACAGGGGUUCAGGCGCGCGCAGCUCGGCGGCCGCCCACACCUCUGCGGAGCCCCAGCACCCCUCCCCCCGGGCCGCCCGGGCCGCAGCCGACCCUGCCCCUCCUCCCCCGGCCCGCCCCACCUGCCAUCCUCCAUCCAGACCCCGCGUCGGCCGCGCUCUGCGCGCACACGCCUGCAACCAGGAGACCCCGCCUCUGUCGUCCCCACCCACCGUGUCCUCAGCUGUGCCGGGGUG